AUGCCGGAACGUGCCGUUGACGAUAGCGUUUAUGGGCUAGUGGAUGCGGUGUCCAGACAUACGAAGGAUGUGAAUCCACAAUUUCUCUCGCCUCGUUUACUACCGUUAUUGCCGAACAAGUACAGUGUUUCCAAAUCGCUGCUCUCUCCAGAUCUUUUUCCGUUCUACAAGGACGACACCGGCAACAGUGUGUUACCGAUUCCUGAGGUGUUGGAGAAGUCCGGUCUCAAUUCAAACGAUCGAAGUGCGAUACUGGAGCUGGUUAUGGAUGUAGCUGGUGUGAACGAAGUCGUGGAAAAAUCGCUUAAUCUGAUGAAGAACAUGAAGCUAGUUGGAUUGGAUAAGGAUUUGAUAUCUAUCACAAACGCGAUUGACAACGCUUUCCUUGGACUUGAGCGGACUUUGAAAACAGACCAACGACGUGAGCUCGCAGGACGUCAGUACUCGUUCCUCACGAAAGAUCAGCUGCUGCAACUGUAUGGAGAAAACGGUAUCGUGAACACAACUAUGGCCGAUUUGCCAUUCGACAUCGACGAGUUCGACUCGAUGAGUCAACUGGAAAAGGAUGAGGCGCUGAAGAAUGCUGUUCGUCUUAUGGCUGAAGAUCCGAAAGCGCUCCAUCGACACCGACGAUACAAACGAACCAUCAAAGUUCAAUUUUUCCGACAUACCACACUAGCACCAUACGCUUUCGCUCCGACGAUCAAUACGUUCAAUAUACUUGGUCCAGUGACGUUAUCACCAAGUCUUUUCUCACCCAAUGUGCUUUCGCCGCUUCUAUUGAGUCCACCAGUUAUCUCACCGCAGGUGGGCAAUCCGCUGAUCUUCUCGCCGUACGUGCUCGGUCCAAAUGUACUUUCGGCGGCUGUGAUGAACGCCUACGUAUUCUCACCGUAUGUGCUCUCACCAAACGUCAUCAACCCGUACGUGCUGUCACCUUUGAUUCUGUCGCCGUAUGUGCUUUGUCCAGAUGUCGUCUCACCGACUAUCCUUUCCGGUGUGGUCCUUUCCCCCUCCGUACUUUCGCCAUCAAUAUUCACUGAAUCGGCGCUUUCUAUUAACGUACUUUCUCCAUCAGUUUUAUCAUAG